GGAAUGGGAUUUGUCAAUCAUGUUUUCACUGAAGAUAAUUUGAAGAAAUUGUAUGUCUCAAAUCUUGGAAUCGGUCAUACGAGAUACGCCACGACGGGAAAGUGUGAGCUGGAGAGCUGCCAGCCAUUCGUUGUUGAAACUCUGCAUGGGAAAAUAGCUGUGGCCCAUAACGGUGAACUGGUAAAUGCAGCUCGGUUAAGGAAAAAGCUUCUGCGCCAUGGCAUUGGGCUUUACACAUCCUCUGAUAGUGAAAUGAUUACCCAGUUACUAGCCUACACCCCUCCUCAGGAAAGAGACAAUACCCCAGACUGGGUCGCAAGAAUUAAGAACUUAAUGAAGGAAGCGCCCACUGCAUACUCUCUGCUCAUAAUGCACAGGGAUGUCAUUUAUGCAGUGCGUGAUCCAUACGGAAAUCGUCCUCUCUGCAUUGGUC